AUGGUUUUAGUUGGACGUGAACCGCUCAACAGGACACUAUUUGACCUGAAAACGCUAAGUACAGUGUUUGGAUUUAUGAAGAAGGGCCAUUUUAAACCCCAAAACUGUUCACCGUAUCAAAAAAUUGCAGUUAUUGUUCCAUUCCGUGACAGAGAACCACAACUACGGAUUUUCCUUAAUAACUUUAUACCACGUAUUUAUCGACAGCAAUUGGAAUUUACGAUAUACGUUGUUGAGCAGACUCCUGGGAAUCUGUUUAACAAAGGGAUGCUUAUAAAUACUGGCUUUAUCGAGGCAAUAAAAGACAUGAAAUAUGACUGUAUAGUAAUACAUGAUGUUGACGUUCUUGCUGAAGAUGACAGAAUUCUUUACACGUGUGGUGACAAUCCGGCCCAACUCAGUACUAAGAUUCAGAAAUACGGAUAUAGACAAAAAUGUGUGUGA